CUCUCUCUCUCUCUCUCUCUCUCUCAGGGCUCUCCUGUCCAAACCGUGGAAAAUACCAGUUCUGCUCUCCGGAGAAGCGUCAAACAACCUAAACUGACGGACAGGUUUUUAUUUUAUACAUUUUAUACACACUGAAGCUCUUCCACGCCGGCUUUAUUGUUAACCUGUCGAGGAUGGGAAACUAAUGGCCUUUCCCAUGUUGGAGGCUAGCUGUUCACUCUGAAGGUGCAGGAUGAAAAGAUGGCACAGCUGCUUGUACCACCAGGUCCAGACAGCUUCCGCCCCUUUACUUGUGAGUCCCUCACAGCCAUUGAGAUACGGAUCUCUGAGGAGAACGCCAAGAAACCCAAGGGAGAGAAGAGAAAACGCAACGAUGAGAAUCAGCUCAAGCCCAGCCGUGACCUGGAGGCAGGCAAAUCACUCCCUCUUCUGUAUGGGGACGUUCCUAAAGGCUUGGUGUCGACACCGCUGGAGGACCUGGAUCCCUACUACUGUAAUCAGAAAACUUUCAUAGUAUUAAACAGAGGAAAUUUCAUCUACCGCUUCAACGCCACUCCUGCCUUGUACAUCCUGAGCCCCUUCAACCUUCUCAGAAGAAUAUCAAUUAUGAUUUUGGUACACUCGUUGUUCAGUGUGGUGAUCAUGUGCACUAUCAUCACCAACUGUGCAUUUAUGACAAUGCACCGACCACCUGAUUGGGCAAAGAAUGUAGAGUACACAUUUACGGCCAUCUAUACGUUUGAAUCCCUUGUUAAAAUUUUAGCGCGUGGGUUCUGCAUAGGAAAGUUCACAUUUCUAAGAGACCCCUGGAACUGGCUGGAUUUCAGUGUCAUUGUCAUGGCGUAUGUAACAGAGUUUGUAAACCUAGGCAAUUUUUCAGCUCUUCGCACAUUCCGAGUGCUGAGAGCUUUUAAAGCUAUUUCAGUUAUCCCAGGCCUGAAAACCAUUGUUGGGGCAUUGUUCCAGUCAGUGAAGAAGCUUGCCGAUGUGAUGAUCCUCACCGUCUUUUGUUUGAGCGUCUUCGCCCUCAUAGGAUUACAACUGUUUAUGGGCCAUCUAAGGCAAAAGUGUGUGUGGGUGCCAAAAAAUGAGACCUCCAUGAAUGGGACAGAUAACAAGUCAAACCUUUCCUUGUGGGAUGAGGGGUACUUGCUCAACGAAGCCAACUAUUAUUACCUUCCAGACAAACGAGACCCAUUGCUUUGUGGAAACGGCAGUGCAGCUGGGCAGUGUCCAGAGGGGUUCAUAUGCCUCAGAGUGGGAAGAAACCCAGACUACAAUUACACCAGCUUUGACUCUUUUGGUUGGGCCUUCCUCUCUCUGUUUAGACUGAUGACGCAGGAUUACUGGGAAAAGCUUUACCAGCAGACGCUGCGGGUUUCAGGAAAGCCGUACAUGAUCUUUUUUGUGUUGGUGAUAUUCCUUGGUUCCUUCUACCUGAUCAACCUGAUCUUGGCUGUAGUAGCUAUGGCCUACGAGGAGCAGAGCCAGGCCACCAUAAAGGAGGCACAGGAGAAGGAGGAGGAGUUUCAGGCCAUGCUUGAGCAGCUGAAACGGCAGCAAGAAGACGCUCAGGCAGCAGCAGCUGCAGCUGGUGUUGAGUGCGGGGAGGUCAGUGAUAAAGCCGGAGGCACUGAGAGCUCCUCUGACGCCUCCAAGCUCAGCUCCAAAAGUGCCAAAGAGAGACGCAACAGGCGAAGAAAAAGAAAGGAGGAGGAGGGCAAAGGGGCUGAUGACAAGUUUCCUAGAUCUGAAUCACAGGACAGUUUGAAGAAAGCUCGCUGCCGCUUCUCUGUGGGUGCAAACCUGCUCAACUAUGACAUGAAAUGUUCAUCCGCACAUCAGUCCUUCCUGAGUUUUCGUGGACCCCUGUUCUCACCCAGACGGAACAGCAGGACCAGCGUUUUCAGUUUCCGAAGCCAAGCACAGGACUUUGGCUCCGAAAAUGAGUUUGCUGAUGAUGAGAACAGCAUUUUUGGGGACAACCUGAGUCGGAGGGGCUCUUUGUUUCUCCCCAGGAGUUGUGAUCGCCGCCGCAGCACUAUGAGCCAAAGCAGCUUCUUGUCACAUUGCCUACUUCCACCCAAUGGGAUCAAGCACAGCUCUGUAGACUGCAAUGGGGUUGUGUCUCUGGUGGGUGGGAGUUCACUCCCAUCGUCACCUGUGGGGCUUUUUCUGCCUAAAUUGAUGGUAGAUAUGGCCUUCACUGGAGAUAAUGCUGACACCACUGACACAGAGUACAAACAGGCCGGUGGAGGAACACACCAGGUGUGUAUGGACUAUCUCGAUGGCCCAGAGACCAGACAGAGAGCUCAUAGUAUAGCUAGUGUCAUAACCAGCACAAUGGAGGAGCUUGAGGAGUCGAGGCAGAAGUGUCCUACUUGCUGGUACAAUUUUGCCCACACCUUCCUCAUCUGGGAAUGUAGUCCAGCAUGGCUGAAGAUCAAGAAAGUGGUUCACCUAAUUGUGAUGGAUCCAUUUGCAGACUUAACCAUCACCAUCUGCAUUGUAUUCAACACAUUGUUUAUGGCCAUGGAACAUCACCCAAUGACCGACACUUUCUCCAAAGUGCUCUCUGCAGGCAAUGUGGUCUUCACCUGCAUCUUCACGGCUGAAAUGGUCCUCAAGAUCAUUGCUUUGGACCCAUACUAUUACUUUCAGAAGGGAUGGAAUAUUUUUGAUGGAAUCAUUGUCAGUUUAAGCUUGAUAGAGCUUUGUAUGUCAACAGGGGGUGGCAUGACUGUUCUGAGAUCAUUCAGAUUGCUUAGAGUAUUCAAGUUGGCUAAAUCGUGGCCCACUCUUAACACACUGAUCAAAAUAAUUGGUAACUCAGUGGGGGCUUUGGGCAACUUGACGCUGGUGCUGGCCAUCAUCGUGUUCAUCUUUGCUGUGGUGGGCAUGCAACUGUUUGGAAAAAGCUACAAGGACUGUGUGUGUAAAAUCUCUACCGACUGCACUCUACCCCGUUGGCACAUGAAUGACUUCGUCCAUUCAUUCCUCAUUGUGUUCCGAGUGCUUUGUGGAGAAUGGAUAGAGACCAUGUGGGACUGUAUGGAGGUGGCUGGGAUGUCCAUGUGCAUCAUUGUCUACAUGAUGGUCAUGGUUAUUGGAAACCUUGUGGUGCUGAACCUGUUCCUGGCCCUGCUGCUGAGUUCAUUCAGUGCUGACAACCUGGCAGCAACGGAAGAUGACGACACAAACAAUUUGCAGAUUGCCAUUGGACGGAUUCACAGAGGCAUUGCCUUUGCCAAGUCCAUGCUUAGAAGCAGCUGCAACAGUGCCUGUCUCAGGGAUAAGAAGAAAGGGAAGGGUGAGGACAAAUCUUUGGAGGAGCUCCACAAACCUUUAGGGCCCAAUGGUGUCCCCAACCACACCAUCAAAGACUUUUCAAAGAAUGGGGAUGUGACCGGAGUGGACAAAAAUGGAGACAAGUACAUAGUCAACAGUAGAAGUGAUGAUUCUAUAAUGUCUUUCAUCAACAAUCCUAGUCUGACUGUCACUGUUCCUAUUGCUGUGGGAGAGUCUGACUUUGAAAAUCUCAACACAGAGGACUUCAGCAGUGCCUCGUCUGAUGUGAUUAUAGAGGACGAUGGCCAGUUCAGCUCCUCUGAGGGCAGCACAGUGGACGGUCUUCCAGGUGGGGAGGGAGAAGGGUCAGUAGACAUUGAACUGGAAGAAUCUAUGGAACCUGACGCCUGCUUUCCUGAUGUUUGUGUGCAAAAAUUCGAGUGCUGUCAAGUAAAUGUGGAUGUGGGCCGGUGGAAAAUGUGGUGGACACUCAGAAAGACCUGUUACCGGAUAGUGGAGCACAACUGGUUUGAGAGCUUCAUCAUCUUCAUUAUCUUGCUUAGCAGUGGGGCAUUGGCAUUUGAAGACGUCUACAUUGAGAAGAGGAAGACCAUUAAAGUAAUGUUGGAGUUUGCGGACAAAAUCUUUACCUACAUCUUCAUUCUAGAGAUGUUGUUGAAGUGGGUGGCGUAUGGAUUUGCCAAGUACUUCACCAAUGCCUGGUGCUGGCUGGACUUCCUCAUUGUUGAUGUCUCGCUGGUCAGUAUGGCAGCCAAUGCCAUGGGAUAUUCUGAACUCGGUCCCAUAAAGUCUCUGAGAACCCUGCGAGCUUUGAGGCCCCUGAGAGCCCUGUCACGGUUUGAAGGCAUGAGGGUGGUUGUUAAUGCCUUACUGGGAGCCAUUCCUUCCAUCUUCAAUGUGCUGCUGGUGUGUCUCAUCUUCUGGCUCAUCUUCAGCAUCAUGGGAGUCAAUUUAUUUGCGGGGAAGUUCUACGUUUGUGUCAACACAACCACAGAUAAGCCUUUCCUUCCAUCAGAGGUGGAAAACAAAGAUGCCUGUUCAAGCUUGGGUAAUUUGUCUCGCUGGAAGAACCCCAAAAUCAACUUUGACAAUGUUGCCAUGGGUUACCUUGCACUGCUACAAGUAGCUACAUUCAAGGGCUGGAUGGAUAUCAUGUAUUCUGCUGUGGACUCUCCAAACAAGCAAGACUUACAACCAGAGUAUGAGAUCAACCUGAAGAUGUACACGUAUUUUGUUGUUUUCAUCAUAUUUGGAGCAUUCUUCACACUCAACCUCUUUAUUGGUGUCAUCAUAGACAAUUUCAAUCAGCAAAAGAAAAAGAUAAGAGGUCAAGACAUAUUCAUGACUGAAGAACAGAAGAAAUACUACAAUGCAAUGAAAAAGUUGGGGUCAAAGAAACCACAAAAACCUAUUCCUAGACCAUCAAACAAAAUUCAAGGAUACAUCUUUGACUUCACCACAAAACAAGCGUUCGAUAUUGUAAUAAUGGUUCUAAUAUCGCUUAAUAUGGUAGCCAUGAUGGUGGAAACUGCUGACCAGUCAAAGGAAAUGGUAGCCAUUCUCGGGAAUAUUAAUAAAGUAUUCAUUGUCAUCUUCAGCGGAGAGUGUUUGUUGAAGAUGAUCUCGCUUCGCCAUUACUUUUUCACAAAUGGUUGGAAUAUAUUUGAUUUCAUCGUGGUCAUCCUGUCAAUCAUUGGUAUGUUUCUCUCAGAGUUGAUAGAGAAGUAUUUCGUUUCGCCAACCUUGUUCAGAGUCAUCCGACUGGCUCGGAUAGGCCGAGUCCUUCGCCUUAUUAAAAGUGCCAAAGGAAUUCGCACACUCUUGUUUGCCUUGAUGAUGUCACUUCCUGCCUUGUUCAAUAUUGGUCUCUUGCUCUUCUUGGUGAUGUUUAUUUAUGCCAUCUUUGGCAUGUCAAACUUUGCCUAUGUCAAGAGGGAAUCAGGCAUUGAUGACCUUUUCAAUUUUGAGACAUUUGGCAACAGCAUGAUCUGUUUGUUCCAGAUCACCACCUCAGCUGGGUGGGAUGGCCUACUAGCUCCCAUUCUCAACAGAAAUACAGAUGAUUGCGACAAUAAAAUGGAGCAUCCUGGCAGUUUGGUUCGGGGAGACUGUGGAAAUCCCCCUGUGGGAAUCGCCUUCUUUGUGAGCUACAUCAUCAUAUGUUUCCUGAUUGUGGUGAAUAUGUACAUUGCAGUUAUCCUGGAAAACUUCGGUGUGGCCACUGAGGAGAGUGCGGACCCACUAAGUGAGGAUGACUUUGAAAUGUUUUAUGAGGUCUGGGAAAGGUUUGAUCCUCAUGCAUCACAGUUCAUGGAGUACAAUAAGCUGUCGGACUUUGCAGAUGCUCUGGACCCACCGUUAUGCAUAGCCAAGCCUAACAAGCUUGAACUGAUCUCCAUGGAUCUACCCAUGGUGAGUGGUGAACGCAUUCACUGCCUGGACAUCCUGUUUGCAUUCACAAAACGUGUUCUGGGUGAGGGUGGGGAGAUGGACAUCCUAAGGGCGCAGAUGGAGGAGCGCUUCAUGGCCUCCAAUCCUUCCAAAGUGUCCUACGAACCCAUCACUACCACCCUCCGCCGCAAACAGGAGGACACGUCAGCCAUUGUCAUCCAGAGAGCAUUCAAACAAUAUGCAAGGAAACAUGCUGCCAGUAAGCCCUCUGCCACAUCCAGUGAUAACAUUCAAAAGGAUGAAACACUCAUUGAUAAAGAGGAUCUUGUCACAGACAAACUCAAAGAAAUUUCUAGCGCUGAUAAGGGUGAACUUACAGCUUCAACGGCCCCUCAACCUUCAUGUAACAGUGUGAUAACCAAUGGAAAAAACAAAUAUGAAAAAGACAAAAGUGAAAGGGAGGUUGUGGGCAAAGAUGUUGAAGAGCAAGAUAAAUAAAAGAAUGCUGGAGAUUUAACAAAGACAUUUUAAUUAAUGACAAAAUGUUUACAACUUUUGAAAGUGACUGAGACUGAGAUCCCUUCUUUAGUAUGGAUAUCUAUGUCAAACUGACCAUGCUGACUUGAGUCUGAAGGUUGGUGCCUAAGUAGCUCAUGCAGGCAGUAGUGGGACCACUUUGACUGUGUUCAGGAGCAAAGAUGUCUUUUGGCUGUUGGUGGGGAUGGGCAAGUGUUCUGAAAGACACAUUAGUUACUGCUUUAACUUUUAUUGCAGCUAGCUCUGCUAUCCAGUGUCUAGAAUUAUUGUUAUAUCACUGAAUGUUGUAUUACUUUAGCUACUUAUUUUCCAAGCAGAGAAAAACAAUUGUAAUGUUAUUACUUUCAGAAUUCAUAGUUUGGUUAAUUGACUUUUUAUACUUUUUUUUACUCUUCAAAAGCGUUGUUCCUUCAGGGGUAGUCUUUACAACAAGCAGCAUUGCUUUAAGGCUAGUCUUGCUAACUAAUAGCACUUAGAAUACUUGACAAAUCCAAGAGACCACGUCGGAGUUUCUGCAGUAACUAGAAAUGUAGACCUGCAUGAAUGUUUCUCCAUGAUUAUGCAUGCUAGAGUGUAGCUAGAGAGUAGCUCUCUCUCUCUGUCCGUCAUGCUUCAUGAUGCAGAGUAUACUGUCUGGACAUGGCUGAUUUUUAUACAUUACAGAAACACAACCUUAGCCUCCAAACAAAUCCAGCUGAUUAUGUUUGGUUAUCAGUGUCAGAGCAGUAACACAUGGCAUAAAUACUUUGCACAUUCAGUUUUAUUCAGUCAACAAAAUCAAUCACAUAAUUCAUCUCAGCCUGUGGUGUUAUUUAUUUACAAUAUUGCUAACUAUGUGCUAAUUUUAUCAUGAAACUGUGCUAAAAACAGAGUCUUCAACUGAAGGUUUUUUUCUUUCAAAGUUGGAAAUUCAAGAAAAAGCUGAUGUUGUUUGUACACUGUAACCGACCCUGUUAUAAGUUACCUCUCUUUACCACAAAUCUCUGACAGUUUGCUCUAGGAGGAGAUUAUCUGUAAAAUUGUCAAUUUGCAGGAUGGCAGUGUCACUUAACAUGUUUUGACCUCUACUAAAUACAGGUCUCCUCCAUGUGUCUACUUUUUACUCAUUUUGUCUGUUUGUUUUUUUCUUAGCUGUGUUUGAUGAUAAACCUCAAUGUGUAUUCUGUAAUGAUUAUGAAAUGACGGAGUUUAUGGAACAAUUUCUAUUUAUUAUCUGUGAUACAAAACUAAAUAUAUUCUCCAUGUAUGUGGGCAGAUACGGAUAUUGUGUAUUCAGCAGGAGCUGUAAGGUGAAAAAUGUAAAUGUCCAUGAAUACUGUUAUAUGGAUGGUAAUUUUUCUUCAUAAGACAAAGCCAUGUGUUUGAUUACUGGUGAUGUUAUAUGACUAUGCUAGCUAACCUUUACUUCACUUUAUUCAACCUCUAACUGUAUAUUUUGUUUGGAAAUGGGGACUGUAAAAAAGGGGAGAUGCUCUUUUAUGUUUGUGUGUGCUUUGUAAACUGAUUUCUUACAGUUUACCUCUCAAUCUUUAUCAUGAUAAAUAUCUAAGUUGGAUGAAAAAUGGCUGAGAAUAUUCUGAAUGAUUGUCUCAAGGACAUGGCAUCACACAUCUCAUGUGCCCUUGGUUGUUUCCUACUUCUGUUUACAUUUUAUAGUGGCAGUUGUGUUACUUUUGUCAGUUCUUCCCAUAGCUAUGACAUCCACCCUAAACUGUGUCACAACUACAUCUGUUGUUCCAUGCUAUAAAAGUAUAAUUCCAUUCAUGUAAGUAUAUUUUGCAUGUGAUUAAAACAUUUAAUACCUACACUAUACUUUAUGCAUAAUGAAAGAAUGUUUUGAUUACACAGGAUUCCACAUCUCCCAUCAUUCAUAUGCAUAAUGCUUGUAGUGUAUAAAUAAACCGCAUGCAAGACACUGCUAUAACCCAUUUCACUGAAACGCCAAAAGAAUAAAGAUUACAUGUACCUCAA